AUGGUCGCCGAUUGGUUCGAGAUACCACCAGCUCUCGUCACAGCCGAAGACGGUGGGCUCGGCCUGGCGCACGUGGACAAGUUCGGCCUCCACCUGUGGUCUUACGACGACGGGGUUGCGGAGUGGACACUCGACAGAGUCAUUGAUCUCAACAAGAUGUCUCUCCCCAUUGGUGACCCCAUGAUCGCACCACAGGUGGCUGGAGCUGUGGAGGGCGCUCGUUCCAUCUUUGUAGUCACUGAUCUUGGUGCCUAUAUGAUCGAUCUCAACUCACUGACGUCCAAGAAGCUGUCUCAGGAGAUAUGUUCAAGUGCUAAAGAAAAUGUCGUAUUUCACGUCUUUCCCUACCUUAGCUUCUUCAAUCGACCAGAUAACAUUACUGGAGGAGGCGCUGCUUCUAUUCGGCGAAGCAAACGGAACAGGAGGCCCAACCCAAAGUACCUGUGAGCCCAAGCUCAUCUACCGCGCGACCAAGGGGUGGCCAGCAGUGACCAAGGGGAAAAGCUGUGGAGAAACAAGACAUGGAACUAGCAGCCGGCUCUCUUCUCGGAUCGCCUUCUCUUCCUCCCGACUUUGUGUAAUUUGGCACGAUUUGUAUCGGAUCCUUUAUCAGUAGUAGUGCGAUCAUGACACUUCAUGUUCUAAAUUCUAUACUUAUAUAAUUGACCAGUAGCAGCCGCACAUUAAGGACAAAAUGAAGAUGAAUGGAUGCUGCAGAUUCAUGAUAU